AUGGGAACUUCAGAGCCUGAAGCAAAACAGACAUCUUUGGUUAUGGGAUCUGAAAAUCAGACUGAAACUAGUGAUGGUCUGAAGACACAUCCUGCCACAAAUUCCACUGAAGAAAAUCAAACAGCCCAUGAAAAAAAGUUAAGUUCAUCGUCCUCUUCCUCAUCUUGUUCUUCAUUUGAAGAUCCUCGAACCUCCCCAAGCGAGACUCCCAUCUCUGGCCAUGAUAAAGGAAGUGGAGAUGGCAUUUCGGUCAGCGCUACCCCCGUUCCCGGGCAAGAGCCGCAUCAUAGUAACGCCGAGUCAGCAAUACAAUCUCCUACGACACAGAUGAUGGAGCGACCUGCUGAAAUAGCCACCUCCCCGUCAUAUAGGAUUCCAGCUUAUGUGUUUACCAGUAAAUCUUCGGCUGCAAAUGACUGGAGUGUUGCUUCGAAUGAAUCUUUGUUCAGUAUUCACAUGGGGAAUAUGAGCUUCACCAAAGAGACAUCAAACUGGUGUAAGUCUGGAGAGUUUGGUUUAGCUGGUGAUUUUACCCCGUCUGGCCCAUUGUCUCCAACGUUUGAUUUUACAAGCAAGAAACAUAAAUCGGCGAAUAACAAAUCUGGUGAAAUCGAAGAAUGCAAUGAAGCAAAAGCCGCUGAAACAAUGAGGGAAAUCAUAAAAGAUAAUGAAGCUGCUGCUGGUAAACCAAAGUCUCCUGCCAGAAAACCACAUCAUUCUCCUAGCUUUCGCCGUUCAGAUGUGAGCGGAGCCAGUGUCAAAUCAUUUGCAUUUCCAAUAUUGACGGGGGAUCAUAAAACAGAUUUUUCUCACAAGAAAAAUGCAUCAUCACCCAUGAGUUCACAGCCACAAACUCCAAAAGUAUCCACAGAGCCAGACACAUCGCAGCAAAAAUCACAAUCAGGACCUCUAAACCCAGAUCCCGCCCCUAAAUCGCCUUCAAAUGCUCAGAGUAAAUGGUUCUCUUGCUUACCCUGUUGUUCAUCUCGUUCUUGA